AUGCCCAUCGGCGCCCCCGCGCCGAGCGACUCGGACGACGACGACGCGCUGUCCGAGUACGAGGGCGACGAGAACAUCGGCUACGACCCGUCGUUCGAAGGCCGAGGGGGAGUGACCGCGUCAGAUCGCGACGCGAUGGUGCCGUGCAACGCCGCGAAAGACUUCCGCGAGGCGUCGCGAUACGACGUCGCGGACGCCUCCGUCGCCGCCGCGCGGGACUUCCCGGACGCGGUCCUCCGAAUCGCGUCUCCCGCGGGAGUCCGCGCGCAGGUGUCGCGGUUCAACCGCGACGGAUCGAUCGUCGUAGUCGGCGGCGACGACGGCGCCGCGCGCGCGUACCACGCGCGCACGGGCGCGGCGUUUCAUCAGUUCGUCCCGUCGCGGCACGGCGGCGAUGGCGUCGACGCGGAGAACCCGGGCGUCGUCACGUCCCUGCGCUUCUUACCCUCGCGCGGCGGCGGCGGCGACGGCGGCGGCGGCGGCGGCGGCGGCGGCGGGGACGGGGACAACGUAGCGCUCGUGGCGUCUUCCUCAGGCCGGCUGUGGCACUGGCACUGCACGUCCGGCAAGACGAUCGGCGCGCCCGUCGUCGAGCCCGGCAACCAGAUCCUCGCGUGCGACGUCCGCGGCGACGGCGAGACGUUCGCGACUGCGGGCUACGACGGCACCAUCCGCGUCUACGACGAAGCCACGCGGAAGCUCAGAGCGUCGUUGCGAGGGUGGAGCGCGGGGGAGGACCCCGCGACCGGCGCGCCGACGCGCCCGCCGUGGAAGCCCGCCGGCCCGCCGAAGAUGGUGCACGUCGGGAACGGCGAGUACCGCGAGAAGUCGAUCGUGAACCCGGUGAAAGACUGCGGGCACGCGGACAGAGUGCUCGGUCUCGCGUACGCGUCGGAUAGUCACGACGUCUUGGUCAGCGGCGGGUGGGAUAACACGCUCCAGAUGUGGGACGCGCGCGCCGGCCCGACGUCCGUGCGACGCGUUCGCGGACCGCACGUGUGCGGGGACUCGAUCCACGUCACGCCGUUGAACGACGACGGCGCGCGCGCGCAAGUUUUGUGCGGGUCGUGGCGAACGCGACGUCCCUUGCAAGCGUUCGAUCUCGGCACCUUCAUGUUCAUGUACGAAGUCCCGUUCGGGGUGGUUCCGGACGCGAAGGGCGAGGAGAACGCGAACGCGAACGCGACGCCGUGCUCGGUGUACGCCGCGCGGUUCGGGAAGGACGGCGGUCCGUGCGAGGGUUUGAUAUUCGCCGGCGGCAGCGGCGGGAACGAGGUCAGGGUCAUCUCGCGACCGGGGUACGGCGACCACUCCGGCGGGAAGGCUUUCGCUCCGGUGUCGGCGCCGGACGGGUUGCGCACGAAGGCGCGGCUGCACGGGCUAUCCUCGCCCGUGCACGGGAUAGAUCUGAGCGCGGGGGAGGAUCGCAUCGCGGUGACGUGCGCGGACGAGGUGUUGGUGUACGACACCGCGUCGUUGGGUGGGUUGAGGGGUCGCGCGAGUAGUCACGAAUAAAACGAGCGUUUUUUUUUGGUAAUGAUUUUUUUUUUC